AUGACUGAUACAUUGAAAUCACUCAAGAUUGCUUAUAUCUUUAUAGUUACAGCGAUUGUCUAUUUCGCGUUCAUUCCAGCAUUUUCGAAAAGAUGCAGAAGAAGUGCCCUGACCUUAGGGCUGAUGAAUUCAUUUGCAGGCGGUGUGUUUUUAGCUAUGGCUUUCGUUCAUAUAUUACCUGAAGCAGCUGAGACCUACAAUGCUUCAAUGGCUACAACAAAGGCUGAGCAUGAUGAUCAUAGACGACUUUAAAAUUCUGAAUCAACCGAGGAAGAACCAAAAGAAGAGCAUGCUCAUGAAGUUUUCCCAUUACCAUACGUGCUAUUCUUCUGCGGGUAUGCAGUGGUAUUGCUAGUAGAUAGGGUAUUCAGUGCACAUUUUGGGGAUUCUCAUGGACACGGGCAUGGGCAUGGUCAUGGUCAUGAUGAUGAUGAAGAUGAACAUUAAUUCGAUGAGAAAUUAGAGGAUAAAGAAAAGCUAUAGAGCGGUAGAAAAUCUUAACCUGAAAGUCAUCACAAUAACCAUGAUCACAAGCAUGAACGCAAUCAUGUUAAAAAGCCUGAUCAUCCAGGACCCUCAAGCUAAAUCACUAAGUCUGAAACUAUUACGAAGAAACCAGAAGAGCUUUAAAACAAAGAUAAUAUGGAAUCUCUGAGUCUAAGAAUGAACUAGAGCCCUGAUAAAUUAUUAGAUGGGGGUUCAAAUAGAAAGGUAGGUAGUGAUGAUGUUGAAGCAAUUGAAAUCUAAGAUGGAGUUAAUGAAUUUGAAAACUAGGAUUAAAUAGUCAAGAUUGAUGCUAAUGAAGCAAAUGCCUCUGAGGACAAAUCACAUUAUUUCCAUCAUCAUAUCAAAGAGCAUAACAAGCUUCCAAAAGACAAAAAAGUUGUAAUAUGCGGAAUAAACAUUACCCCUCUUGUACUUUUGAUUGCACUCGGUUUCCAUUCUGUUUUUGAGGGUAUUGCUCUCGGACUUAUUAAAGAUUUGCAAGUAUUCAUAAAUCUAAUGAUCGGAGUUACAAUACAUCAUAUUGUAGCUUGUAUAUCUUACGGAGUAUCCCUUGGCAGGGCAAAAAACAAAUCAUCUAAAGCUAUGGUAUUAAGUAUUGUAGGACUCUCACUCUUUGAAUCAGGUGGUCUAGCCAUUGGUUUAGGACUUAGUGAUGCCCCUGAUUUCGUAAGCUCAAUUAUUUUAAGUUUCGCUGGGGGUACUUUUGUUUAUAUUGCCUGCUCCGAGAUUUUAGUCCAUGAGUUUUCUGAGAAAAAGCAUAGAUAUUGGAAAUUCUUAAUGUUUUUAAUAGGUGCUGCAAUAAUCACCUGUCUAUGGUUCCUUCAUGCAGAAGAAAGCUGA